AUGAGAAAACUGAGUGAAACCAAUUGGGAGGAAACUCAAACUCGUGCCUUCACAAAAUGGAUGAAUUCUCAUCUCAAAAAGAGAAACAUGAAAGUAGAGGAUCUCAUCACUGAAAUUGGAACUGGUGUUCCUCUCUUUGUGUUGUAUCAAGAGAUCAGUGGUGAGAAAUUAGGUAAAAUGUAUGAGAAUCCACAAAGUAAAUUUCACAAAAUUGCCAAUUUAAACAUGGUGAUUGAUCGGAUUAAUCAGGUGGUUGAAUCGAUGGGAAUUAAACUUCAAUUCUCUGCUGAACAGAUAUUUAAUGGAGAGAAGAGACAAGUAUUGGGUUUGAUUUGGACUUUGAUUUUGAGAUUUCAAAUUAACAAAUCUGCUUUGGAAAUUGAAACACCAAAACCAACACCUAAAGAAGUCGAACCAGUCAAAGUUGAGACCACCCAAGAACAAGCCGUUGUCACAACUGUACAAGAACCUGUCAAACAAAAUAUUCCAACGAAACAACAAAAACCUGCCAAAGCCAAUGCUGGUGACAGUGCAAAACAAGAAUUACUGAGAUGGGUUCAAGAAAAAUUAAAACCUUAUGAAAGUGAAUUUGUUGUGAAAGAUUUUACGCACAGUUGGCAAGAUGGUAAAGCUUUAAGCUCUUUAAUUAGCACUUUGAAACCAAAAGCUCUGAAAUAUAAGAAAAUAGAUUUUGUAAAUACACCACCUUUGGAAAUUAACACAAAUGCCAUUCGUAUUGCUGAAGAAGAAAUGGAUAUUCCUGAAAUUAUUGAUCCAGAAGAUAUCACUGAUACUCCUGAAGAACUUUCUCUCAUGACUUAUAUUUCCUAUUUCAGAGAUUAUGACAAUCUUCAUCCUGAAUCUGCUCAAGAAGUUGACGAAGAAGAAGAACCAGUGGUGGAGGUGGAGGAACCAACUCCAGUCGCAGUAAUUGAAGAGCCAAUCCUUGAGGAUAUUAUUCGACCUGAAAUUGAUCCUGCAAAAUGUAUUGCAGAGGGUCCUGCAUUCGAUGCUAGUCAUCCACCUACUCAGGGAUCGAGAACGUAUUUCACAAUUACCACUUUUGAUGAAGAAGGAAAUCGUUACAUUCCAAAAAGUGUUGACGAUGAUGAAAAUCAAGUCAUUGUGAAUUUAUUUAGUCCACACAUGUCUGAGGAUGAAUCCAUUCCAGAACCUGAUAUUAAAAACAAUGGAGAUGGAACUUAUGAAGUUUCAUUCAUCGUUCCUGUGGGUGUAAAAGAUAUGAAAGCUCUCAUUGUGAUCAAUGGUGGAAGUAUUCAAAAUUCACCUCAUGACAUUCCAAAUGCUACUGUUUUUGAUCCAUCCAAAUCAGUGAUUUCUGGACCUGGAGUGGAACCUUAUGAACUUUUUGUGGAAGAGCCUACUCAUUUCACUAUUCAAUGCAAAGACAGUAAUGGAAAUAAUAUUCCACAAAAAGGAUUGCAAUUUGACAUUGCCUUAAUAGAUAGCAGUACUGGAAAGAAGGCUCCCAUCGAUGUGACAGAGGUGACUGAUCAUGGUGAUGGAACUUAUACUGUUCAUUAUACACCAAAGUGUCCUGGUGGAAGUUAUGAACUUUCUGUUCAAACGACCAAUGAAGAUGGAGCAUUCGUUCCUGUUGGAAAUUCACCCUUUGAUGUCACAUUUGAACAGAAAGUGUGUCCAACCAUGUGUACUGCUCGUGGCAAUGGAAUUUUACCUUUUGGCUUGAAGACUGGAGUUUUGACCAAGUUUGAUAUUGAAAUUAGAGAUAAGGCAGGAAAUAUUAUUCCAUUUGUUACGGAUGUAGAAAUCACUAUGGAUUUGGUAUUGAAUGAUGAAACGAUUGAACCAGAAGAUUAUUCAGUGAAAAUUGAAAACAAUCAAAAUGGUACUUUCACAGUUUCCUAUAGACCAAAGAGAGCUGGAGUUCAUUAUGUCCUUGUCAAAUGCAACGAUGAAAAUAUUAGUCAGAAUCCAUUCAAAGUUGACAUUACAAACAUUCCAAGUGCUCCAAAUUCCAAACUCAAAUUUGUAUCUGUGAAAAAUUUACCAAAUUUAGUAGAAACAGAAAUGGAUUUGAAUGUUUUAGAUUCAUUAGGAAAGAGGGCCGCAAGCAAGAAUUGCAAAUUAACAGCUCUCGUUGAAGAUGAAGACGGCAAUUUGAUACCAGCAAUGAUCGUACAAACCAAAGAUGACAAAUUGAAAGUCGUCUUUCAACCAAAAGGAAAAGCCACUUCUCUUCAAAAGUUUAAAACUCAAAUUCUUAUGGAUGGUGUUCCAGUUGGAGAAUCUGUCACAGUGGAACACAAACCAACACUCGCUCCAAAAUUAUGCAAAGUAUUUGGACCUGGUUUGAAUGGAGCUGAUCUUUUGAAUAAGGACACUGUUCCUGCCAUGUUAAAAAUCAAAGCUUUGAACACGGCCGAUCAACCAUUUGUUCAAAAUAAUUUACAACCUUUGAAGGCAUCUGCUAAAAAGUUGAAACGUCUCGCCAAGACCAUUUUCAAAGAACCUGAAUAUUUCAAAGAUUUAUUGAAUCCAAUCUUUGACCAUCAAUUUAGUGACGAUCAAGUGGUUGAUUCGAUUGAUUUAACAAAAUCGGUCGAUUUGGAUGAAGUGAGACCACAACUUGAAAAACACGUCAAAAAACAACCCUUCCGUGUGGUAGUGAAAAAUGAAAAAGACGACACUGAAGAACCCACACUUGUAUUUCACACAGCACCUUCUGAAUAUACUGUAUUCUAUCAUCCAACCAAAGCAGGACCAAUUUCAAUUUUAAUUCUUGACAAGACGUCGCAACAACAACUUCCUGUACAUGUUGCUGAAUCUCCUUAUCACACCUUUGUCACAGAAGGUAUUGAUCCAAUGAAAUGUCAAUUGAAAGGACCAGGUCUACUUAAAGCUUACAAAAAUAGACCCACUUUUAUUACUUUAUUGCCAAGAGAUAUUCAUGAUCAUCCAUGUGGUGUGGGUGGACAUGAAUUUAGUGUCAUGUUAUGUGAUGAAAGUCAGAAUCCAAUUCCUUCACCACUCACUAUUGUGGAUCUUGGAAAUGGAAAUUAUGAUGUGAAAUUUAUUCCACCUAAAGCAGGAAAGCAUUUUAUUUCUGUGAAAUGUGACGGACAAGAAAUUAAGGAUUCUCCAAUUCCAAUCUUUGUAAGAGAUGAUCAAUAUGCUCCAGAUCCAAAGUAUUGUCAAGUUUACAAAAAUCCUGAAAAGAUAAAGACAACCAAACCACGUCACUUCUUUGUUCAAAUGAAAGAUAAGAACAACGAACCCAUCAAAUCUGGAGGAGAUCCUCUUAAGGCAGUUCUUAAAACCCAUGAUGGAAAAUUUGUUGAAAAUCUACCAGUUUAUGAUCCAAAUACUGGAAAAUAUAAGGUUGACCUUUCUCCAAAACGACCUGGAAAGUAUGUGGUGGUUUGUUCACUUGGAGAUGAAGAUGAUGGUGGUGAACAAAUUUCUGGAUCUCCAUUCAAUUUGACAGUAACUCCUGGAUUUGCUCCAUUAAACUCUGAAAUUGGAGAAUGGGAGUAUGACAUUUACACUGCUCAAGAAAAUGAAGUUGAGGAUUUAAUGGUGAAAGUUAAAACUCCAUCUGGCAAAACAAUUUAUCCAACCAUUACCAAGUAUCCAAAAUCAACAGCAGAAGAUGAGAGUAAUCGACCUCAGGAAGAUGAAGCUGCUGUGGAUGAUGAAUUUUCUAAGGGUGAUCGAUUCAAGUUGAGUAUUCAGACAAAGGAUGUUGAAAAGGGUGACUACUUGAUUUAUGCCACUAUUUGUGGAUAUCCUGUCAGAGGAUCUCCUUUCAAACAGACCUUUGACGUCAAAGUAUUGUCUCAAUAA